AUGGAAAGCAAAGAGUUUGCCCUGCCAGAGUGGGAAUUCCGGCAAUUUGCUUCUUUUUGCGAUGAUUGCCGCGACCUUGAGGUUUUGCAUGAUGAUUCGGAAAGCGAAUUGGCUCUGGAGGACACGUGCACAUAUGAGCAUGGUAACUGUAAACUGCGGUUCAAACGUGACCGAAGUGACGCCAUUCUGUUGGCCGUUUCUUUCGUCGCCUCUCUCGCCGCCGCCGACGAGUCGGAUGUCGUCACGCUCACCAGCAAGAACCUCGACGAAGUCGUCGCCAAGGAGAAGCUCUUCUUCGUUAACUUUUUCGCCCCCUGGUUUGGCCAUUGCCAGUCCAUGACCGAGGAAGUCAAGAAAACCGCCACUGAGCUCAAGAGCUAG